GGCUGACUGGGGGAAGCAAUGAUUCGUACGUGAGGCAUACGCUACUGAGAGCUAGAAGUACGGGUUGGAGAGUUGUGGUGCUCAAUAGUAGAAAAGUGGAGAUAGCCCCGUGACAACUCCCAGAACUUUUUCGAUCUUAUACCACCGCAAAAUGGCCAGCGAUAAAACAGCAUGCCAAGAUGAGCGUGCAGGAGCGGAAAUUGUAUAUGGAGCUGAAGAGUGCUAUAGUCAUUCUCUUGAGCUGCUGAAAGAGUUGGGAUUUCCCAUGGGUGUUCUCGCUCUUAAAGACCUUGAAGAAUGUGGCUGUGUUCGCGACACUGGAUUUGUGUGGAUGAAACAAAAGGCUCCAUAUGAGCAUUACUUUGUCGCAACAAAAACUCUAGUUAGCUAUGCCACAGAGGUCACUGCCUACGUGGAGAAAGGAAGAAUGAAGAAAAUGACUGGAGUUAAGAGUAAGCAGCUAUUUAUGUGGGUGCCAAUAGUUGAAAUGAGCAUUGAGGAUCCUGCUCAGAACAAAAUUUACUUCAAGACUCCUAUAGGAAUUGGAAAGUCUUUCCCCCUCACUGCUUUCAUGACUGAUGAAGAAAAGGAGAAGUAUCUGGAGAAAGCUAACUAGUAGAACAAUUAUCUAUAUGCUUGCCCAUUUUGCUUCCUUGUUUUUUCAGCUCAGUAUAUUUUCUGUAUUUUUUUUUCUGGCAUCAGUCCAUUGAUGGACUUUUAUUUUAAAUCUCAUUUUCAUAUGAUUGCUAAAAGAAUUAUCUUUAUGAACCAAGUAUAAGUUUCUGCUUCCA